AUGCUCCUCCCACCGCGCCUAGCGCUGUUCGCCCUCCUGGCCCUCCUCGGACCGUCCUAUGCGGCAAAGUCUGUGGCCGCAUCUUUCUGCAAAUGCAUCUGCUUCAACAACAGCACGAUUAUAGCCCUGAACCCACCGACGUCCUCGACACAGGCCUCCUCCCUCCACAGACUCGACAUACGCUCGUCACCUGGCGACACGGCCCUGAAUGCCGAUUCAUCAUAUACCUACGCCGAUACCCGCCGGGACGUCUGGAGUGAAUACUCACCAAAUCACGCGGAGAAAGACAGGAGAAGUCCUGCGUCAGGGGACAGCGAGAAAGAGGAUGGGGACGAGGCCAAAACGCCCUCGACGGGACACUCGCGCCCACACCACAAGCUGACCUGCACGGACUGCACGCGCGCGUUCUGUCUCGACUACAAUCUGCCUAUAUGCAAGAACGCGCGUGAGGAGGAUGUGUUCACCACGUGUUUCCAACGUGAUUCCCUCAAAGACGAAACGGUGGUGGUCGUCUUCAUCUUCGCCACCGCUGGCCUCCUCGCAUGGGCCCUGGUCAAGCCAUGGAUCGACCGCCUCCGAGACCGCUCUCCGGCAUUCAUCCCGCUUACGCAACAACCCAACGAUGAUCUUGCCAGGACAGGACAGACCGCUCGUUCGCGAUUGAACCGCAAUACAUUGCAUGGCGCCGGUGGAGGAGCUACGGCUACAACGAGUGGCAGUGGCAAUGACAAUGCCAUCGGCGGUGGGAACGGGAGUAGGAGCCGAAGCGGCGAAGGAAUGGGACCCGGUCAAGGGAUCAGCCUCCCAGCAGCAGCAGCAGCAGCAGCUGCUCCCACAGAAGGACUGCUGUUCUCGGAUCCGUCCGCUUCCUAUUUUUCCGAGUCUCCACCACCACACUACGGCAGACCCGGGAAUGGACUACUACAGCAAGUCCAUGCAGACCACGAUGCCGUUGAUAUUGUAUCGUCUGGAUCGGGGGUUUGA